AUGUCGUCCACUGACGUCGAUAAGCUCGAAUUGGGCAUCACCGAAGAUAUCACCCAUCUCUCGAUUCAAGGUCACUUCGCCAACGCCAAUCAUCCUUCUCCACCCGUCGCCGCCCCGCCUCCUGCUAAUGGCUCCGUUCUGGGUCUCUUCUCCUUCGGUUCUACAUGUAUCGUCCUUUCUCUAUACAACGCCCAGGCCAGCGGAAUCACCAUCCCCAACGCUGUAGUCGGCAUGGCUUUAUUCGUUGGCGGCGUAUCCCAGUUUACCGGUGGAAUUAUCGAAUUUUGUCGCAGGAGCACGUUCACGGGAUCAGUGUUCUGUAUCUAUGGAACCUUCUGGCUGUCAUAUGCAGCCGUCCUGCUUCCUGGAACUGGCAUUGCCUCUGCAUAUAAUGGUGAGGAAAACAUGCUUGGCGAUGCCCUCGAUAUCUACCUCAUCGUAUGGGCCAUCAUCACCGUCAUGUUCUUGAUUGUCGCGCUCCGGAAAACUGUGGCUUUGAUUACCGUAUUGGCAGCCCUUGUUGUAACCUUCCUCCUGCUCGCUAUAGCCGAGUUCACAGGACGUUCAGCUUUUGCAAAGGCAGGAGGGAUUGUCGGUGUCAUCCCCGGAUUUGGUGCACUUUACAUCGGUCUUGCAGACCUAUUGGCUGCAGACCCUUUCCCACCUUUUCUCUUACCUCAGGGGGAUUUCAAGCAUUAA